AUGGUGAAAGUGAACGUAAUAAAGCCACAACCUAGGACCUUCUCCAAAAACUUAACUUGGUUAAGUGGGAAACCUGCAAUUGUAGGAAGCUUUAAAAAAAAGGAAGAUAUCAGAGACAUAUCUCAAACACCAAUGCAAUCGGAGAGUAGGAUUAACUGGUGGGAAAGCUUGCCAAAUUGCGGGGAACUUGAUGAGAGAGCAACAUGUACGCAAUGUGGCAGGUUGAAUGAAGUGCCCAGAGAAACCUUUUGGGCGGAGGGAAUGGUACCAGAGGCAAAAGUUGUGGGGGACACUCUAGAUGAGGAUGUCCUCAAUUAUUGGGGUGACUCAUCUCUUGAUAUGGACCUUUGGGAGGUUCUCAAAGCAGAAUAG